UUUCCUAGUGAAAAAUUAUUUAGUGGAGAGGAUGUUUUGUGUGAAAAAUUUCCCACAUGGAAGUGGGACCAAAGAAGAUUCCAGCAUCAGAUUGUAAAUCUCUAGGACAGAUCAUAAGAUAAAAAGUUCUGAAGUCAAAAGCCAUCUUUGUUGUUCACUUGUGUGAUUCUGGCUCCUUGCUUUCCUCCAUCACCUACUUUUAACAGACUUCGUAUUAUAGAGCAAUUUUAGGUUCUCAGCAAAUUUGAGCAGGAAGUACAGAGAUUUCCCACAACUCCCAGCCCCACACAUGCACAGCCUCCUCCAUUGUCAACAUCUCCCAUGGGGGGAGUUCAUUUGUUACAAUUGUUAAAUGUACAUUGAUACGUCCUUGAUCACCCAAAGUACACAGUUCACAUUAGGGUUCACUCCUGGUCUUGUACAUUCUGUCGAGUUUGGACAAAUUUAUGACAUGUAUCCACCAUUACAUGAGUAAUGAACAGUAAAAGAACAGUUAAUAGAACUGUAAUAAACACUUUUACUACCCUAAGCAUCCUUUCAUCCCACCCUCCCCCUAAUCCUAGCAACCACGGACAUUUUUACUGUCUCCAUAGUUUUGCCUUUUCCAGAAUGUCAUAUGAUUGGAAUCAAACAGUACGUAGCCUGUUCAUACUGGCUUCUUCCACUCAAUAAUAUGCAUUUAAGGUUCCUCCAGGUCUUUUGAUGGCUUGGUAGCUCAUUUCUUUUUAGCACUGAAUAAUAUUCCACUGUUUGGAUGUACCGCUGUCACCUACUUUAAAACUUCUGACUAUUUCACUUUUACCUUCUAACCAUUUCAUUACUAAACCAUAAGCCCAACUCUGGAAAGGGGUUUGGUGAUGAGAAAAAGCUGAAAUUACGAUUUAAGUUGAGGAGUGGGGAUUUUCUCUGGAUAAUUAUCCACGUCCCACUUCACCAAAGAAAAAGAUGAAUUUCGAUUAGAAUGUAAAGUAAUUCUCCCUAAAAAUGUUGAAGUGAAGAGACCAGUGCCAGGUAUUGGCGGUAUAGAAAAAUCUUAGAAAAAUCUUGCUCCUAGAAUGCGACAGGCCAAGAUGAAAUACACUGGGAGUAUAUAAAAUUUAUUCUAACAUUGAAUGGAGGGGCUACAGAAGGAAAGAAAAAUGAAGCAGGAUGAAAACUAAGGUAAUGAGAGAAGGAGAGAGAAAAGACAGAAACUUGUUAACUGUAGGACAUUCUGAGCAAGAUAUUUUUCUUCCUUUUACAAGUUAGAAGCUAUUGAAUAAUUCAUGCCAAGCGUGGAAAGGCUGUCUUUUCCCUGGGUGAUGUAUAACUGAGCAGGAGAGAGCUUCGAGUGGGUUCACCACAUCAGCCACCACUCUUGCUUUUGAGCACAGGAUGCUCUUCUCUUGAGCUCAGCUUCUGCGCUUGCAGCCAAGAAUCUCUGCUGCUGCAGCCUGCCUGCCUGCCCACCCGCCUGGGCUUGCAGCCCUGGUGCCAGCUGAGACUUCUCCCUACAGCUGCUGGCUCCUUCCUAGGACCAUGCGUGUGGAUGUUGCUUGGGAGAAGCCAGCACUUGCUCCUGGCACUGAUCCCAGCUGAGUUUCUCCUGUUGAUUUCUGGAUCACAGAUGCUGUCGCUGAGGAGGUAUUUCCUGGCAUCCCUCUCUCUACAACACCAUCUAAGGACCAGCCCCAACACAAGGUACCCUCCAUCCCCUUCCCUGGGCAUUUUUCCCAGCUGGGAUGCCUCCGUUUUCUCCUGGAAACUAGGAACUCCAGCUGGCAAUAUUCCUGUGUGUGUGUGUGUGUGUGUGUGUGUGUGUGUGUGUGUGUGUGUGUGUGUUAGGAGGGAUGAGGAGGCUGUUCUUGGUGUGGCUCCGUCCUAGGGCUUCCCUGAUGCCUGCCCAGUGCAGUGCAAGGCGACCUUUUCCCUAGGUCUAGAGACAUUUCUCAGGCAGGCAGGCAAGUGUCAGGAUGGGCCGCGUUGGAAGAAGGCGACGCUAGCCAGCGAGGUGUGAAGAGUUGGCCAGAAUGACCAACUCCUCCUCCGCGUCCACGUCCUCCACCACCGGGGGGUCACUGCUGCUGCUCUGCGAGGAAGAGGAGUCGUGGGCGGGCCGGCGCAUCCCCGUUUCCCUCCUGUACUCGGGCCUGGCCAUCGGCGGCACGCUGGCCAACGGCAUGGUCAUCUAUCUCGUGUCGUCCUUCCGCAAGCUGCAGACCACCAGCAACGCCUUCAUCGUGAACGGCUGCGCCGCCGACCUCAGCGUCUGCGCCCUCUGGAUGCCGCAGGAGGCGGUGCUCGGGCUGCUGCCCGCCGGCUCCCCGGAGCCCCCCGGGGAGUGGGACGGCGCCGGGGGCAGCUACCGCCUGCUGCGGGGCGGGCUGCUGGGCCUCGGGCUCACCGUGUCCCUCCUGUCCCACUGCCUCGUGGCUCUGAACCGCUACCUGCUCAUCACCCGGGCGCCUGCCACCUAUCAGGCGCUGUACCAGCGGCGCCACACGGCGGGCAUGCUGGCACUGUCCUGGGCGCUAGCCCUGGGCCUCGUGCUGCUGCUCCCGCCCUGGGCGCCGCGGCCUGGCGCGGCUCCCCCGCGCGUCCACUACCCGGCGCUGCUGGCGGCCGCGGCGCUACUGGCGCAGACGGGGCUGCUGCUGCACUGCUACCUGGGCAUCGUGCGCCGCGUGCGCGUCAGCGUCAAGCGGGUCAGCGUGCUCAACUUCCACCUGCUGCACCAGCUGCCCGGCUGCGCCGCCGCCGCCGCCGCCUUCCCGGGCGCCCCGCACGCUCCGGGCCCCGGCGGCGCCGCGCAGCAGGCCCAGCCCCUGCCGCCGGUGCUGCAGCCGCGGCGCGCGCAGCGGCGGCUCAGCGGCCUGUCGGUGCUGCUGCUCUGCUGCGUCUUCCUGCUGGCCACGCAGCCGCUGGUGUGGGUGAGCCUGGCCAGCGGCUUCUCGCUGCCGGUGCCCUGGGGCGUGCAGGCGGCCAGCUGGCUGCUGUGCUGCGCCCUGUCGGCGCUCAACCCGCUGCUCUACACGUGGAGGAACGAGGAGUUCCGCCGCUCCGUGCGCUCCGUCCUGCCGGGCGUCGGCGACGCUGCGGCCGCCGCCGUCGCGGCCACCGCCGUGCCCGCAGUGUCCCAGGCGCAGCUGGGCACCCGCGCCGCCGGCCAGCACUGGUGACCCCUCCGGGGUCCGAGGGAGACGGAGGUUCCCAGCUUCCGGCGUCCUUGGCCACCGCCUCCUCCUUCCCUGCUGAGCGACCCCCUACCCGAACAAAGACUCGCCGCGAAACCCAUGAACGAGCGGGGCAAA